GACCGCUUGUUUUUCUUUUUCGUCGCUUUCUCAUUCCCCCCCGAGCCCGAGAGUUGUUCGCUGGUGGUAGCAUUACAAACAGAAGGGCUGCUCUUGAUCGAGUUCGUUGUUUCCUUGUCAUCAUCUAUCUUUCAUCCAUCUCUUCUUCGUUAUCCUUCAAAAGCAAUUGAAAGAAAAAGAUGGCAACUCUUCUUGUUAGACGAGGUAUCCCAGCGGCUACCCGCGCCAACAUUCGCCAAUUCCAUUUGAUGGCUGGUCGGUCCACAUCGGUGCUUCCUACUACUACUGCAACCGCCACAGACACUACCAACCAAAGAUUCUUUGCCACUUUUGAGCGUAAAAAGCCUCACAUCAACAUUGGGACGAUUGGACACGUCGAUCACGGCAAGACGACCUUGACCCAAGCCAUUACCAAGGUUCUGUCCGAAAAAGGAUGGUCCGAAGCCUUGACGUAUGAAGAUAUUGACCGUGCUCCAGAAGAAAAGACACGAAAGAUUACCAUUAAUACGACCCACUUGGAAUAUGAAACGGAAAAUCGUCAUUAUGGACACAUUGAUUGCCCUGGUCACGCCGAUUACGUCAAGAAUAUGAUUACAGGUGCCGCACAAAUGGACGGAGGCAUCUUGGUAGUUGCCGCCACGGAUGGUCCCAUGCCACAAACCAAGGAACACAUCUUGCUUGCCAAACAAAUUGGUAUCCCCAACUUGGUCGUUUUCCUCAACAAGUGCGAUUUGGUAGAUGACGAAGAACUACUGGAGUUGGUAGAAAUGGAAGUCCGUGAAUUAUUGGACUUUUAUGAGUUUGAUGGAGAGGCUACGCCCAUUGUCCGUGGGUCUGCCUUGGCGGCGGCCGAAGGAACCAAUGACGAAUUGGGAAAAAAUGCCAUUUUAGAACUCAUGGCUACCGUGGAUGAACACAUUGAAGAACCAACUCGUGAUGUGGACAAACCAUUCCUCAUGCCCAUUGAGGAUACAUUCUCCAUUGCCGGACGUGGAACCGUCGUCACAGGAAAGGUCGAAUACGGAAAAGUCAAUGUCGGUGACGAUUUGGAAAUCAUUGGGUACAACAACAAUCACAAAACCACCAUUACGGGAGUAGAAAUGUUCCGAAAGAAUCUGGAUUACGGCAUGGCCGGAGAUAACAUUGGUGCCUUGGUCCGUGGAUUGAAGCGAGAAGAUAUCCGACGUGGACAAGUAUUGUGUGCACCUGGGACACAAAAAGUGGGUAAAAAGUUUGAAGCCGAAAUCUACUGUCUCAAGCAAGACGAAGGUGGUCGUCACACUCCAUUCGUAGGCAAGUACCGUCCGCAAUUCUACAUUCGAACGGCCGAUGUCACGGGAUCCAUCGAGUUGAAGGAAGGUACCGAGAUGAUCAUGCCAGGUGAUAAUGCUUCCGUUGAUGUGGAGCUCAUUGCUCCUAUCGUUCUGGAAGAGGGAGUCCGUUUCAAUAUGCGAGAGGGUGGAAUGACAGUUGGCACUGGUGUGGUAACCAAGGUGGAAUUUGAAAAGUAGAAUGCAACAUGAGGAUCGAUCCAUUCUCACUAUCAACUACCCACCCGAAACGAGAGACAACUCAUACCGUACAUAAUCAACUCACUCGGAUGAACCAAAAGGGAAUGAAUAGUACCAUGUCAUGGCAUUUAGUGGUCCACAUACUGUACAUGCAAGCUGCAAGCGUCACGGAAGUUUGUGUAGUCGAAGUUUGAUUGAUAGAGUGGUGACUCUCUGGCAGCUCGCAAGUUCCUUGUGACGGCGUCAGGGCACCUGCCUGCUACGUAGACGAGCUGCACGUUUUGCCCCCGCUUUCACAUUCGCGAUGGGGAGUAUCAGUGCUUCUGUAGUUUGCUAACAGCAGCAAGCAAGCUCUGGUAUCUGAAGAAGUCUGACAAGCUCCAUUCCCUGCGAGUAUCCAAUCCAUUGGUGCACCAAAGUGGGGAGGUUUCUCUAGUUCGCAACAACGGGUAAAAGCUAAGCUUAGUAUCAUCGGGCCCAUGGUCGAAACGGUCACAGCUACCGUAUAGUAGGACUUUCGCUACUUUUCGCUUGUUUCUACCUCAUCUUAUGUUUCGAAGCACUACCGAAUGGCCUUUUCUCAAGCGAGAGGACUCC